GCCAACCCAACACCCAUCUCACCCGCUUACGCUCUCCCUAGUCCUUUCCCCUCUGCGAAACCCUAACUCGCUCGCCCUCCCUCUUCCUCUCUCUCUCUCUCUCUCUCUCUAAAAACCCCAUACGUCUUCUCCUUCUCCUUCUCCUUCUCCUUCUCCACUCGGGUUGUACGCGCGGUGCGAGCGAAACCCAUGGACUUUGGAGGCGGCCGCAAGAGAGGGAGGCCCGACGCUUCCUCGAACGGCAAUGGCGGUUUCAAGAGAUCCAGGGAAGAAGCGGAGACCUUUUCAACUGGUAUAGGAAGCAAAUCGAAGCCGUGCACAAAGUUUUUCAGUACUUCCGGGUGCCCAUUUGGUGAGGGAUGCCACUUCUUGCACUAUGUACCGGGAGGCUUUAAGGCUGUAUCUCAGAUGCUUAAUCUCGGUGGCAACCCUACUCAUCCCCCUGCCUCCAGGAACGCAGCACCACCUUAUUCAGAAGCUCCAUCUCCUACAGCUGUGAAGACUCGGUUGUGCAACAAAUUCAACACUGCCGAAGGCUGCAAGUUUGGUGAUAAAUGCCACUUUGCUCAUGGCGAGUGGGAACUCGGCAAGCCAACUGGUCCCUCCUAUGACGAUCCUCGUGGCAUGGUUCCAGCACCCGGUAGGUAUGGUGGCCGCAAUGAGCCUCCUCCUCCGGGUCUUGCAGCAGCAGCAAGCUUUGGGGCUUCCGCCACGGCCAAGAUAAGUAUUGAUGCUUCACUUGCUGGACCAAUCAUUGGGAGAAAUGGUGUGAACUCGAAGCAAAUUUGCCGAGUAACAGGAGCAAAACUCUCAAUAAGAGAGCAUGACUCGGAUCCUAAUUUGAGGAACAUUGAGCUUGAGGGUACAUUUGAUCAGAUAAAACAAGCUAGUGCCAUGGUUCAUGAGCUUAUUGCUAAUGUUGCCUCUGCCUCUAGACCUGCCAUGAAAAACCCAGCUGCACAUUCUGCUCCCCGAAGCAACUUCAAGACGAAGCUCUGUGAGAACUUUGCUAAAGGCUCUUGCAACUUUGGAGAAAGGUGCCACUUUGCUCACGGAGCAGAAGAGUUGCACAAGUCCGGGCUUUGAAGAUAGUUAUUGCUUGUCUCAUCUCGUCUCUACUCUUUGGAUUUUCAGGAAGUGUGGGUCAACGCCAGAUAUUUGAGAAUUUUGUUGUGAUGAGCAUGUUAGUUUGUUAUUAUUUAGCUCCUUUGGAUUCUGUGGCUAAUCUUGGUGGAUCUUAUUAGCAAGUUUCUCUGUGGUAUUGGCCCUCAAUGGGAUUUGGAAAC